AUGUCCCGUACAGACUAUGUGAUUGUGAAGACCAAAUCCUACAUCCUAAGGAUGAAUCGGGAGGAGAAUCUAUGCUGGUUUCAUGGAAAAAUAUCCCGUGAAGAUGCGGAAGAGAUUUUACGUCGAGAAGGAAGCGAUGGAGUGUUCUUGGUGCGCGAAAGUUCCUCUUCCGAGGGUGAUUAUGUGCUAUCGGUGCUGUUUAAGGGCGAGGUUGUACACUACGCUAUCCGACGGCACGGGGAUGAUGCAUUCUUUUCCAUCCACGAUCAUACACCGAUUCAUGGGCUAGAUUCGCUGAUUGAGCACUACCAGAAAGAUAAGGGCAAUCUGGUGACUCGGUUGCAGGUAAUUUGUCGUAGUGAUCCACCACCGCACGAUGUACGCAGCCAUGGGACCACAAACCUAUUACACCGUGCCACGAAAGAAAGUAACUACACUGUCGUGUCGGAGCUCCUCAAGUGUGGUUACAGAAACAUUGAUUCUAAAAAUCAAGACGGUCAAACGGCAGUCCAUCUGGCGUGUUUGCACGCGGACGAUAAGAUUCUGUUUAAAUUGAUUGAACGUGGUGCUAAUAUAAAUAGCCGCGAUGCCAAAGGCAACACACCACUGCACUAUGCCUGCGCCAAACGGACCGGAUUGGAGAUGGUAAGGAUGUUAAUAAAGGCAUCCGCUAGUCUGCAGGCCCGAAACAGCGAUACUGGUUGGGUACCUUUGCACGAAGCAGCAGAUAAUGGAAAUAUAGAUGCGAUCCAGGAGAUGCUACGACAUCGCGUUCCGCAUCGACCACGAACAAAUUUUGGUGAAAUCCCCUCGGAUUUGGCACGCCAUCGCGGUCACUAUCAAGUGGUCGAGUUUCUGAACGCCUAUGAACCAUCACGACCGCAGACUCAUCGUGACCUCUGGUACCAUGGAACGCUAGAGCGUACUACGGCCGUAGACUACCUGAAGGAUUUUGCAGCCAAGUUGUUACCGAAUCUAGCCCACAGGCAACAGCAGGAGCGCGACAACAACAAGGAGAACAACGAGUGCCUUGAUGGACUGGAACAGUCCACCUCUGGCACGUACUUGGUGCGCUACUCGGCCAAGCAGAACGUAGACGUACUGACGAUGCUGUACGACAACGAGCCGAAACAUUUUAUCAUCCAGCGACAGCAGGAGUGGUUGUACAUUGACGAAGGUCCUUAUAUGAAUUCCCUUGAACAUUUGAUCGAACACUAUACUCGCUUCUCGGACGGGUUGCCGAUCAAUCUACGCUUUCCUGUCACACCCGGACCAAAGCCACCGAUACCGGCAUUCGCAACCAUACCGAAAUCAAAGCAUCGCAUGCAACGUUCCACUACAGACGGCGUUGCUGUUGGUACAACAACCGCUCAACCCUACCUUGGAUCGUCCCACCACAGUAUGAAUGGUUCCAUGCUAGCGGCCGGGUUAACAAGCAUGUUUCGCAAAUCGAGCGAAAAUCCCACCACAAGCACCACUUUACCAUCGAAGGGACUGCCCACGAGGAAUCUGUCCGUCCCGAACGAUGCAAUGCUGCAAAUGAACCGAGUCGGUCUGUUCGAUCGCAGUCCGGAUCGUUGCGCACCGGAAGCACCUCGCCGCCCAGGGCCAGUAUCGCCCAAUGCAGAUGAGCCAAAAACUAAACCAACCAGCAGCAGCAGUAACGCUUCGCCAACGUUCAAGAAAACGUUAAUGGAUGGGAUGAAAAGUUUGCGAAAGAGCAAACAGAAGCUAAAACCAUCUGCCGGCGAUGCUGACGGAGGUACGGCUGCCGAAUCGAAUUCCACCAUCACCGCUGCAUCCAUCGAGCCUACCGUGAGCCCUUCGAAGCUGCUGCAGCAGUUGAAAUUUUCGUCCGAUUUUAAUCUUGUCGCGAGUUGUGCCGCGUCAGACGAUAUCUAUAAAAUUCCCACCAAUAACUGUGCCAUCGUGGAUAUUGACAUUGGAGAACCGCCGGUUGUUGUCGGUCCGGCAAUAUCUACCGCCCUACUACUGGACAGGGACGGAUCUGAGGUACCGCCCGCGAUCCCUCCGAAGCUAUCCUCACCAGCGCUCGAUACCGUAAACAACAACGAACCAGCGGCAUUAGAUUACUUCAUCCAAAGCGAUGACCCGCUCCGAUCCGAUAAGCUACCGGAUGAUGAAAGUGAAGAGAUUUAUUUUGUGGAAGUCCCAAUUCCAACACCGGCAAGAACGUGCAAUGAAACUCCAUUUGGUGUGACUACAGUCAACAAUAAUGUUCCUACGGACGGUGGGUUGCCGAUCGAUGGUCAAACGACACGCAGUACCAUGCCGACCAACUACAUCAUGACAAAAACCGUCCCGAUCUUUAGCAGUGUCUCGGUGGAGGAAUGCCAAACCCCGACCAGCCCCACAGGCCAAAUGCGCGCCAGCAAGUUGUUCGAACGCCUCGACUCGAACCAAUCUUCGUUCAGCCGAGCCAGUGUGCUGAGCGGGGAGAGCGUUUUCUUCGCCAUGUUUCAACAACAACAAAAUCAAACGAACGCUUCCUCGCAAUCGGACGGCCCAAAUUACUUCAUACCGAAGGAAUGUAUCCACGCCGAAACGGUACUGGGGCGGGGUGAGUUUGGUUACGUAUACCAAGGUUUCUUAGAACCUUGGCCACUGCUGGAGCUUGGGGGCUAUCCGAGUGGAAGCGGGAGUUCUAUGAAAUCAGGUGCAGUGCCGCCUGUAAUGGGUCGCGUUCCGGUGGCCAUUAAAAAGGUAAUGGACAGUCAGGAGCGUCGUGAACGGACAGAUUUUCUACGCGAAGCGAGUGUGAUGAUACGGUUGCGGCAUAACUGCAUCGUGCGAUUGAUCGGCAUCUGCAAAGGACCUCCGUUAAUUAUGGUGCAGGAACUGAUCUCACUCGGUUCGAUGCUGGUGUACAUCACUAAGAACAAAACCACCAUCAAUCCUCAACACGAGAUGAUGAUUUGGGCAGCACAAAUUGCCAGUGGCAUGCAAUAUCUGGAGGAGAAACAUUUCGUCCAUCGGGACCUUGCCGCACGUAACAUUUUACUGGCGAACAAGUAUCAGGCCAAAAUAUCUGACUUUGGUUUGUCGCGUGCAAUCGGUGCCGGUCAGGAGUAUUAUCGCGCUAGUCAGGGUGGCAAGUGGCCCAUCAAAUGGUAUGCCCCCGAGAGCUUUAACUACGGCACAUUCUCCCAUGCCAGUGACGUAUGGUCGUUCGGUGUGACGCUAUGGGAAAUGUUUUCGUACGGUGCACCACCCUACCACGAUAUGAAGGGUGCCGAUGUAAUCAAGCUGAUAGAGGAAGAUCAGCGACUGUCGCAACCGGACGCCUGCCCGGACAAGGUGUUUGAGGUGAUGCGCAACUGCUGGCAGUACAAUCCAAAGUUGCGUCCCACGUUCCGCUUCCUGCACCGUUUCUUUUCCGACGACAUCGAAUACCAGAAUCUUCAGGAACUGGUCGGUACGGGUAUUGAGAUCAAUGCUAACACGACAACGGCACCAGCCGUUGGAACGAAUACCCCAGUUGCCAAUGUCACCACUAUCAACACGACUUUUAGUACGGUGGAUGCGGCUGUUCCGGAGACAAGCAGCGAUAAUUUAGUGGCACAGGUGCCCUACUGA